AUGGUAAUAAAAGUCAAGAAGAAAAACAGUUGUAGGAAAAGAAAGCAUGAUAUCACAGCUGAAGAAAUGGGAAUUCUAGAAAAAGAAUUAAAUAAAGCAUGGAAAACUUAUGAGAUACCUCAAUGCCACCAAAAAUUAUUUUGGAAGAAAAUUGGUUCGUUAAGUAAAAAUGAGCAGGCUUUAAAAAUUGCGAAAGAAAUAGAUAGUAUUGAAAAAGAAGAAGCAAUAAUUAUAGAACUUUUAGCUACGAUUGAAAGAAGAGAACUUUUAUUAGAAAGGCUUACUGAGGAAGAUUCAAAAUUAUAUGAGUCAACAAAUGAAGCGGAAAAAUGGGAAUGCACAAAACUGAUUAAAGAUAUUAGAAAUGUGACUCUUGAUACUAUAGAAAACAUUUUGAUAUGAAAAGAAAGCUUUGGAGAAAAUUCAGCGGAUUUUGUGUGAAAAAAUAUAAAUUAUUUAGAAAAAAUCGCAAGUGACACAAAUUAUCUAAAAUUCUCAAAUAUGUCAAAAUAUUUUGAUUUUCAAGAUAAUGACCCUUUAUUUGUGAAUUUAAUGCCAGAAAAUUCCUUUUCAUUUUCCACUACUUAUUCAUUUUCUCAAAAGAAAAAAACUCAUAGAAGAAACUCCUAUAGUGUCCCCAUAGCUUUUUCUCUUCAAUCCCGAGUCAAAGCUGCUGAUAAUUUUUUAAAGUCUCUUAUAUCUCCAAAAAAUAUUUUUAAAACUGAAAUAGAAGAAACUGUUGAAUAUUUACGAUCAGCAAAACAAAUUGAGGAUGAAGAAGACGAAAUAUAUGAAACUUUAUUCACAGAAAAAUUAAAUAUUUCAGUAACUCCAGAAAAUUAUAUUGAAAUAGAUGUGAAAGAAUUUUCUGAAGAAUAUGUGAGGAGAAUGAUAGAAAGAGAAGUGGAUAUAAAUAUUGGAAUAUUUAUUAAGGAAAGUUGCAACGAAAUAGUUAAUGCAAGCUUAUCAUUAUAUUCCAAUAAUAUUUUGAAUGAAAUAAUCACAGGCGUUCUUAGUGAAAUAACCCCUCUUGUCGCAAAAGAAGCACAGGUUGAAGUAAUUAAUUCUGAAUACGUGGAUAUAAGAAAUUUAAUUAUUACAGAAGCAAUGGAAGAAUUGCUGCUUUCUACCUGCCAAUCGAAAGCUUUAGAUUUAUUAGCAUAUUUUACUGAAGAAUUUAUGUUAGAUUCAUUUCGUAUUGAUAGCUACGUCAAGCAGUCAAUAAAAGAAGAAAUAAAUCAAAACCAAAAAAUUGUGGUUAUUGUAUAUGAUGAAGUAUUAAAUGAUUUUUUAAAUUUGGAUUGGCUAGAAGAAUUAAUAGAAGAAGAAGUCGUAAUGAUGAAGAUUGAUGAUGUAAGAAAAACAUUGCCAAUUAACAUACAAAAAGAAAUUUUUAUAAGAGACAAGAAAAUGAUAUUUGCAAAAGUUGCUGAACUUAUUUAUUUUGACAUUUUGAAUGACUAUAUUGGUGGGGUGUGGACGUAUGGUAUUGUUAGAUCAGUUUUCCAUAAAAACCCUGCGGAAACUGAACUUUCAGAUAGUGAAAUUUUUCCAACAAAUACAAAAUCAUUAUCUAUAAGAAACCCUAGAAGAUAUCAAACUUUGAUAAAUAGUCCCUAUAGUCCUUAA